GUUAUUGUCAUCAAUUGCUCAUUGCUCCCCAAUUUAUUCUCAAAACAACAGUUUACCUCGAGCCGAAAUCCCGAUAGCAAAGAUCCAAGAGUAAUCCCUUCAAAGAAUUCCCCAAACUCCUCAACAAUUAAAAAACUCUAAACUCUAAAAAUGCAAAAUAAUAAUUCAACAAGAAAAAACUCAACGAAAAACGAAGAAUCAUCAGAGGACAGCGAUGAUGACCUGACGGAACACCAGCGAGAGCAAUUCUAUUCAAUUCUCCAGGAAAUUGACAAAUGCAACAGUCAAAUUAAAAAAUUGGAGACGAUGGAUGUGAAUUUCGAGGACGAGAGGAGGAGCAGUUUUUUGGAGCUACACAGGUGGAGGAAAAGAAUUAUUAAUCUCUACUACAAGGCGUGCGAUAUUAAAGGUAACUCCAAGAAUGCAGGUCGUCGCUUGCUGAUGGCGAAGGCUCUCCAGGUCACUGGAAACCCAAUAAUCGAUGAUCUAAUCAAUGUCAUCAUCAAUCGGGAUUGGUUUAAUAUCCCAACGUACUCGGAUAUUCUCGAUUGCAUCGAAUUUUGUAAUGAGGAUGAGUUCCUGGAGAUGAGGAAGAGCACUCAGUCUAGUCUAGCGGAGAUGGCCUACGUGAACAUUGUCAACGUUCUUCAGAAAAUGCGGCAACAGGACUUCUACAAGUCUUUCUCUCAUAUAUACCUCGUAACAGAAGAUCCAGCAAAAUCGAGUCAAGCACUGUGGAACAGACUCGUCGCCAACGAGGAAAUAGCCCGGGGAAAUCUGAACAGGCUGUGCCAGGAUUUUGUGAGGAGGGAGCACGACCUGGUGGCCUCGAGGAUACCAACGAGAAGGUAUCCAAGGAGAGUGGUAAGGUCCUCAGAGGUCUCAGAAGUCUCAACAGCCGAGACAUCCCAGGACAUUUCGACGAGAGAUUCACCGUCGAUGGCCUCAGAUGUAUCUCCGGCUCAUUUAAAUCCCCAGAUCGUCGACACGUGCUCCAAAACUGUGAGAUUUGCACCCCAGGACUUCGAUGACUCGAAAUCUUCCUCUGGAGAUGAUCCAGAGGAUUUCUCAGGGGAUUCCUCGCAGUCCCUGGAGUUUCUCCCUCGGGAAAAUCCAAUCAUUGCUAUUUCAGAAAUUGUAUCUGACGAGGAAACCAAUAGCGGAACAUCCUAUCAGACUCAAAUGGGGAAUAGCGCUUCGAAUUUUGCUGUCUCAACCCUCAACGAGGAACACUCCAGGUUCUUCCUGAAUGCCUCAACCACUGUGAAUUCCUCGUUCAGGGUGAAGAACAUCCGGGGAAGAUACGAGAGUAUCUCUCCUGCUCUUACUGAAGAUGAUUCUGAUGAUUUGAGGGUAGAAAUUGGGGAGGGAGCUGGGGGAAAUCAAGGGGAGGACCUCGGGGACGAGGGAGGUGUCCUCCAGGGUGAGGACCAGAGGAGCAGAGGAAAAUGUCUUAUCGUGUGAGGGAAAUCCAUGGGGAGGUGCAACGAGCGAGUUCUAAAAGUAAUAUUUAAUCUUGGGAGUUUUAUCAGGAUAUCUCCGGAGCCGGGGGAGAUAGGGGAUUCUUUGUUGGAAACUUUUUAUAGGGAAUGCUUUCAGCUACAAAAAAAGUUCAUGCGAAAAUUUUGUAGGUGUAAUAGAUACGGAGAUAUUCAACGGUGAAGAUUUCUUCAAUCUGAAAAUUUUUAGAUAAAUUGUUCUUUUUUGUUUUGAUAUUUUAUUAUUGGGUUUGUUGACCCAAUAAUUUUUUUAUUCUUCAUUUCCAGGGUAUUAGGGUGUGUAGUUACGAUCUGGUAAUCUUGAUUACACACUUAACAGUUUUAAUUGGCAGUAAUUGAUGAUUGUGUACGUUAAUUUCGUUAAACAAUUUAUUUCAGUAAAAAUGAGAGUGAUAUCUUCUCGAUAUGUACAUUACAUCAGUAAACAGAGUCUUAUUGUAAAAAAAAAACAUGAAAUAAAGUAGAAAAUACUAUUUAAGGAGAUUCGAGUCAAUAAACGUGAAUUACAAUUCACUUGUGAGUUACCAUUAUCAAUCGAGACUUGAUAAUGCGAUUCUAGUGGAUAAAGCUCUAUUUUUUUCUUCAGUUUGUACUUAAGGACGGACAAAGUAACAAAAUUAAUAAUUUUAGUAAUUUCUUCGAGUACGUCGUCUAAAUAAAAAAUAUUCUCAUCUAAAACUCUCUGAGUGUUUAAAACGCACGAUUAAUGCAUUAUUAAUUAACGAAUGAACUGAUAAGACCUGAAAUGACAAAACGACUGAAUUUUUCAUUUCCAUAAAUGAUUAAUUAUCUCGCUAUGGGUUGACUGUGGAAAAAAAUGUCAGAUAAAUUUUUGAUGGGAAUUUUAAUUCCCUACAAAAAAUGUUCUAUAACUUUUUCUCCUGAACCCUAUCAUUGCCGAGAUAAACCCAAAAUUCGGUGAUCUUAACGUACAUUUCCCGAUUAAAAGGCACUUGACUCUCUACGAAUUAAAAUUACCCUCAAUUUUUGAAAAUUACAAUUUCCCUCUCGUUGCGAUUACUUAAUAGAAA